CUGCACUACGGGACCCUCCUGGGCAGCAGAGCUUGUGUCCACAUGGCAGCAGCUGCCUGGGCCUCUGGGUUUCUUUAUUCUCUGCUGCACACAGUCAGUACAUUUUCACUGCCCCUCUGCCAGGGCAAUGCCCUGGGACAGUUCUUCUGUGAAAUCCCCCAGAUCCUCAAGCUCUCCUGCUCACACUCCUACCUCAGGGAAGUUGGGCUUCUUGCUGUUGGUAUCAUCUUAGUAUUUCUCUGUUUUGUCUUCAUGGUGGUGUCCUAUGUGCAGAUCUUCAGGGCUGUGCUGAGGAUCCCCUCUCAGCAGGGAAGGCACAAAGCCUUUUCCACCUGCCUCCCUCACCUGGCCGUGGUCUCCCUGGUCGUCAGCACUGGUGCAUUUGCCUACCUGAAGCCCCCCUCCAUCUCCUCCCCAUCCCUGGACCUGGUGGUGGCAGUUCUGUACUCAGUGGUGCCUCCAUGGAACAAAUCGAGGAGAACGAUGGCCAUGGGAGGCUAUGGAAAGCAAUAUAAGUGA